AUGCUCAAACUCGAGCUGGUGCCGGCCGCCGGUGACAAGCUCGUGCUCAAGCUCUCUCCUCCGCCGCCGCUUGCUGACAAGCAGGCGUCUCUGGCGGACAACACGGCCGUCGUCGACUCUGACGGAGGUAACGCCGUCGGCAUCCCCUCCGAGCCCGUCUCGCUCGAGGAUGGCAUCGACACCGGCACCGGCGGCACCUGCACCGCCAACACCGGCACUGGCAACGUCCCGUCCGAGGGCGAGCCCGCCGGCUCGCUCGCCGGCGUCCACUUUGCGGGCGUUUCGCUCGACGCCGUGCCCGAGGCGUUCACCGUCGACGAUCCGGCCGGCGCCAAGGCCGUCGGCAUCCCGCCCGAGAGCGAGCCCAGCCCGCUCAAGGACGGCAUUGACGCGGGCGGCGGCAACGUCGCGGGCGAGUCUUCGCCGAUGAAGUCCUUCGCGAAGGUCGGAGUCAUCUCCGAGUCGGUGUCGCCUUCGCUCCUCGGAGCGAAGGCGUGCGGCGUCAAGAACGUCAAGGACAUCCCCGUGGCAAAGUCUGGCACGGAGGACGUCCUCAAGAAGGACCCGGCCGCGGAAAAGGCGCCCGACGCGGGCGCGGUCGACUCGGACAAGGCCAAGGCCAUGUUCGCCGCCCACGAGCAGGGGCCGCCCGCCGUUUUCUGGUCCAAGUUUACGCGCCCGACCGGCCCACCGACGGCCCCCACCGGCGCCGUCAAGGGCGCCCUCAAGAAGGACAUCCCUGCGGCAACGUCUGGCGCGGAGGCCUGCGUUGACGAGACCGGCGCCAUCAAGAACCCGGCGCUCAAGCCGGCCACCGAGGCCGCCACGGCCCUCAAGCCGGCGGAGGCCGGCGGCGCGCCGCUGCCGUCGAUCAAGGAAUUUCCGGAGGAGAAGAAGCCCGCCGCCACGGCGGCGAGCGCCUGCAGAAGCACACGCGGGUAUUGCGGGGACACGCGAGUCCUACAGGCGGGCACUUACAUUGAUCCUGUGACCUCUCGUCUGCCGCACGGCACGCGCGCGCAGGUCAUCGACGGGUGGAAGACCCCCUCCCCGCUCCGCAAGAUCGAGCGCAAGGAGUCUCCGCUAGCGGAGAAGCUCGCCCCGGCGGGCAUCCCCGACAGGGCCACGCGCCGCAAGAAGGGGCGCAAGGGCGCGUCCGCCCCGAUCGUCCGCACCAAGAGCAUCGCCCCGGUCGGCGGCAACAACAGGUUCGGGGCCCUGCUCAAAAUGGACGGCAACGAGGGCAUCCUCGGUGGCACCGGCAAGGUGACCGGCGGCUCCACGCCGCCGACCGCAGACUCGGGCGCGACGGUCGACGUCGAGACGACCACGAAUACCACGCCCGAGGGCUCUGCCGCCGGCCGGUUCCCGUGGUCAAAGUCCUACAACUUGCUCCGCCUCUUUGGCAUGCUCGCGCUGAUCUGCCUCGGAGCCGCGUUUGCGCACUCCUCGUGCUCUGCCACCUCCGCGCUUCUCUCCUCGCAGCGGUACGACUCCCCGUGGCCGACAUCGCCUCCCGCAACCGUCGCGAAGCCGUUCACGCCGGCAUCGCCCAACGGCUUCUGCGAGGUUGGCGGCAACGACACCAGCUCGUUUGCAGCCAUCGUGUCAUCGGACAGCGCGCCCGCCAACCACCCGGGCGAACGCGACGAGGGGCGCUCGUGGGAAGCACUGAUGGAAGCGAUCAAAGAGGCGGUGGGCGAGCCGUUGCACCUGAUUGGCGAGCCGCCGGCGUCCGUCAAGGACUUUUACGAGAAGCAGCCGGUUGAGGCCGAUUUGGAGACCGCCCCGGCCUCGCGCAACAGCACGGAGCGCAAGGGCGAGCCUGAGAUCGACUCUAUCGGUCCCGUCUACAGCAGCAGAUCGGGGAUCAUCGUUCGCGAAACCGUCCUGCCCGUGAACGGCACGUCGCCCGAGAUGCGGUCCGCCGACGCUGGGAACACGCCCGAGAAGCUGGUUGAGACUGGCCUCGGCGCGCCCGUCUCUAGCAUGCACGCCGACGGCGGCGAGUGGCGGGUGAACAGAUUGGCGACCGCUUCUCCAGCCACAACCAAGGAUCUCUUCCUCCAGCUUGGCCGGGCCAUCGACCCUCUUCUCGCGGAGCCGGCAUGGCCUGCAGAGGUCCGUGCCGCUCAGAUCUCCGAUUCGAACUCGGUCCAGUCCGAUAUCUCCUCCGUCUCACGUGUGUGCGCCGACCAGCAGCCACGCUGCGCCGCCCCCGUUGCGUGGCAUGCGGAGCCUCACCACGCACUCACCGACGAGCUCUCCAUCGACCUGCCCUCCCCGUUCCACUUUCCCUUCAUGAGCGGACCCUCCUCUUCCGCGCCUGUCCGCACCCAGCAGCGCUGUCAGUUUUGGGCCGCCUUGUUCUUGCUGCUCGGAGCGUGCUGGUGCGGCGUGCUGCCCUCGGUGCGGAGGAGCAGCUCGGGGCGCCUCGUGCGGUGCCGGACGGGGGCGAGGCGUGGCGCGUGGCUGCUGAUUCUCGCCGCGCUGCUCCCGCUGGCAUGUGCACCAUCAGUCUACCCUUCUGGCUCGGGCGAGUCUGGCUCUGGGGAGAUUGGCUCUGGCGAGGUUGACAUCGAUCCGUCGCCAUCUCCCGAACCGUCGCCAGCUCCAUCGCCCGAGCCGUCACCGUUUCCCGAAUUUCCCGAGCCGUCGCCCGAGCCUGAGCCGUCGCCGUCUCCCGAAUUUCCCGAGCCGUCGCCCGAGCCUGAGCCGUCGCCGUCUCCCGAAUUUCCCGAGCCGUCGCCGCCGCCGUACCCUCCGGCCAAGGCGCCGGUCCCGCCGCCGCCGCCGCCGUCCCUUCCGCCGCCGUCCCCGCCGCCGUCGCCGCCGCCGCCGUCCGCGUCGGGCGAGACUGGCUCUGGGGAGAUUGGCUCUGGCGAGGUUGACUCACCGCCGUCCGCUCCAUCAAUCGACUUCCAGGUCACUGUGGGUGGCGGCAGCUUUCAGUCCGAGGUGUCGUGGGACCUGACGUGCAGCGGCGCGUUGAUCGGCAGUGGAGGGGCCCCCUACUUUGGCACCCUGUCCGCGCCGCCCGGCGAGUGCACGCUCAACAUGUACGACUCGUGGGGCGACGGCUGGAACGGCGUCGAGUGGGAGGGUGCGGGCUAUACGUUCACGCUCGACUCCGGAUCCUCCAGCAGCGAGACGUUCACCCUCGCCCCCCUCCCUCCGUCCUCUCCGUCGCCGCCGUCGCUGCCGCCGCCGGCGCCGCCAAUCGACUUCCAGGUCACUGUGGGUGGCGGCAGCUAUCAGUCCGAUGUGUCGUGGACCCUGACGUGCAGCGGCGUGUUGAUCGGCAGUGGAGGGGCCCCCUACUCUGGCACCCUGUCCGCGCCGCCCGGCGAGUGCACGCUCAACAUGUACAACUUGUGGAUGUGGGGCGACGGCUGGAACGGCGUCGAGUGGGAGGGUGCGGGCUAUACGUUCACGCUCGGCUCCGGAUCCUACGGCAGCGAGACGUUCAUCCUCGCCCCCCUCCCUCCGUCCUCUCCCUACCCGUCCGAGGUGUCGUGGGACCUGACGUGCAGCGGCGCGUUGAUCGGCAGUGGAGGGGCUCCCUACUCCGGCACCCUGUCCGCGCCGCCCGGCGAGUGCACGCUCGACAUGUACGACUCGUACGGCGACGGCUGGAACGGCGUCGAGUGGGUGGGUGCGGGCUAUACGUUCACGCUCGGCUCCGGAUCCUACGGCAGCGAGACGUUCAUCCUCUCUCCGUCCUCUCCGCCGCCGCCGUCUCCGCCCUCCGCGCCGCCGCCGCCAUCGCCGCUGCCGCCUCUGUCGCCGCCCCCGCCGCUGCCGCCGCUCUCCCCGGACUUUGUCGCCGCGUCGAGCGAGGCUAAGCUCCGCUCCCUGAUCGCGGAGGCUGCUGUUUCGCAAGCCGACGUCUCAAUCUACCUGCCGCCCGGUGCGGACUUCAAGCUUCUCAGCCAGAUCAGUUGCGGCUCCGACAUCAAGGUGACCGUCGCGAGCAGCGGCGAGGGCGCGAGGCUCGACGGCCAGGAACAGACCAGGCUCUUUUACCUCGGGGGCGGCUGCAGCCUCACCCUGCGGGGGCUGAACCUCGUCAACGGGAGGUCGAGCAACGGCGAAAAUAACGGCGGCGUUGUGUACGCUGACGGGGCAGGCGACGUCGAGAUCAUCGACUCGACGGACGCCGGCGUUGUCUACGCGCGGGACAGCGGUGCGGUCUCGAUAAGCAGCUCGAACGUGACGAGCUGCUCGGCUGGCGCUUUCGGCGGCGGCGUCGUCUACGCGGUUAGCAGCGGUGUGGUCUCGAUAAGCGGCUCGACCGUGUCGGGCUGCUCGGCUGGCGAGUUCGGCGGCGUCGUCUACGCGUGGGACAGCGACUCUCUCUCCAUCGCGGGUGUCGACUUCAUCGACAACGGAGCGGGGAGGUCAGGCUCGGUGCUGUACCUGGACGGACUCAGCCAACGUACCUCGAUCAGCGACGCCUCUUUCACCGGCAACACCGCUGGCGACGACAAGACGAUACAGACCGACUCGCCGAUAGACUGGGACUGCCGCUUGGGCAGCUGGAUGCAGACCGAGGGCGCCUUUAAGGGCGACUUCAGCGCCCCGGAGGUGCAGGAGGCCGGUUUGGACUACUGCGCAGACGCCUUCGCCGGCCCCGAGUGCCAGCUCUGCCGCGAGCCGAACCACUACCUGGACGCCGACGGCGCCGCCUGCAACGAGUGCGUCGCUGUCGGCACGGCGGCGGGGCGCAUGGCGGGCACCGCCCUCGGCCUCUGCGUCGCGUUUGGCCUCGUGGCGUUGGCGUACUCAGUUCAGCGCGGGCAAACCGAGUGGAGGAAGGAGCGCUUCAUCGGACUUCCCUUGCGCAUCGCCGACCGCACCGGCGACGCGAUUUACAAAAUCGGCCUCAUCCCCAAGUUCAAGAUCUUGUUUGGCUUCUACCAGGUCUGCCUCGUCCUCUCCACCACCUACUCGGCGCGGCUGCCGGAACGGUACACGGGCUGGACGGAGGCGCUGGCCGAAGCCGUCUUCAUCGACUGGUCGGGCGUCGUGCUGCCGGUGCAGUGCCUGCCGCACAAGUCCCGGCUCGUCGCCGUCGCGAUCUCUCCCAUCGGCGUCAUCGCGCUGCUCCUCUUUGCUGGCAUUGUCUUGCGGCUCUGUGCUCGCUGGCGGCGUGCUCGGCGAGGGGCUGGCUGCGAGAGCGGCUCCGAGGUCGACGGCGCGACAAGCAACGUUCUCGGUGGCGAAGCACAGCUGCAGGAGCCACCAUCGUCUUCAGCUGCGGAGCCACCGACGGCGCUGGCCGAAACUGACGAUGCGGCGGUCUUUUCAUGGCCUGCAGAGGUGGCGCUCGGCCUCCUCGACCUCACGCCGGCGGGUCUCGUGCUCAUCUUUCUUUUGGGGCCGUUUGUGAGCGCCACGAUCUUGCGCGCGUGGUCGUGCCAGGGCUACACCACCUCUGCGCCGGGCGAGACGCUCGCUCUGGUCGAGUACAUGCGGCAGGACGCGAGCGUCGAGUGCGGCACCGACGAGCACGACUCCAUCACGAGGCUCGCCAUCGGCUUCGUCGUCAUCUGGCCGGUCGGCUCGCUAGUCCUCUACUCGGCCCUUCUUCUCGCAUGCUACAAGCCGCUGCAGGCCAAGUCGCCGAACGCGCUGACGAAGGCCACCGCCUUCCUUCACCGGGAGUACAAAAGGAACUGGUACUGGUGGGAGGCGGCCGAUCUGGCCCGCAAGCUCUUUCUGACGGGCUUCGUGCUGCUGGUUGCCGAGGAGGAGGACUCCUUUGUUCGUCUCGUCGUGGCGGUGCUCGUGUGUUCGUGCUACGCCGUCGCGAUCGCCCUGGUCCAGCCCUACAAGCGGUUCGAGGACAACAUCCUCGCCGUGGCCACCAGCCUCGUCCUCCUCCUCCUCUUCCUCGGUGCCAGCUGGACCACCAUCUUCCUCAACAUCGAGUUGCGAUUCCCCGGCGACGAGCCGGGGCAGUCGGCCUCCGCCGUCCUCGGCUUCAGGUCUGAGAAUGGACUGGUGAAUUGGAUGCUCGUCCUUGCUGCGGCUGCGCUCCUGAUCUUCCUCGUGGGUACCAUCAUCGCCAUCCGCCGCCUUGCCAAGGUCCCCACGAUUCGCCUCGUCUCAACCAAGCAGCCCCCCGAGCUGGCUCUGGUGGACGGCCUCACGUGGCACCUCUUCCUCUCGCACAUCUGGUCCACCGGCCAAGACGCCGUCGCGGUCAUCAAGAAUGAGCUUAAGCUCUUGAUCCCCGGCAUCAAGAUCUUCCUCGAUGUGGAUGAUUUGAAGGACAUCGGGUCGCUGGAGGAUUACGUUGACCGCACGCAGGAGUUGCGAGCACAGUGCCCGGAGGUCCUCCAGCCGGAGAUCUUUGACAGUGGGUGGGCGCAGACGACGUGGCACCGCAUCGACGAGUAUCAGCGUGUCUCGCUUAAGAUCAUCUCCGAGGCGCUCCUCCUCUGCUCGCCACACUACCUGAACCUGACCUCCCUCCCGCUCUUCAUCCCGGGCGAGGUCCAGGGCCAGCCGAUCUCCUUCUCCAAGUCCGUCGUGCUCUGGGCCUCGCCGUUCGAUGAGGGCGCAGACGAGCUGGCCAGCGAGCUCGCCACCAAUUUCUCCGGUCUCACCGUCUCCACCGCCGAGGAGGCGGGCGACGCCACGCACAUGCUUCUCUAUUUGAACGCCGACACCUGGUCCGACGAGCGGCUGGCCGAGCAGGUCAAGCAGGCGCGCCAGGACAGGCUGAAGAUCGUCAUGGCGCACGAGAACGACCUCGACCGCGGCGGCUGUGAGUUCGCCAAGUUUUUUGAGACCACGCCUCAGGAACACUGCCGAUCAGCGGAGCUCAUCAACGCCGGGCUCUACGACGCCCUCGCCAUUGCCUGCUUCCCUGGCCUGCACCAUGAGGUGUCGCUCGUGCUGCUGGCCAAGGCUCUGGGCGCAACCCCGGUGAGCGCUCGCUCGAGCAUCCGCGACUCGCUUUCGAAUAUCGGGCGCUUCACUACCGCGCCUCGCGGCUCGACGACGUCCGACCCAGUCGUUACCGAGGAGGAUUCGCAGCUGGAGCAGGUGCCAGAGGUGGAGCAGGUGUAG